ACUUGCCUACUGUCUGAUGCGCAGGCAUUGGCUUGGUAGUAUCCCACAAUCCUCUGCUGUGUUUGUGAGCACCACACAUCCACCUGCAACAAGAGUUGUGUGUUAUGCUCCAAACACAAGUAUUGGAUGGAAAAUGGUGUGUUCUUGCCUGUGUUAGGGCCAGCUGAGUGAUGGGAGCCAGAGACAGAUGAGAGUGAAGCAGUGGCACACAGUCAGACACGCAAACAGCGCCCCCCGCCGGGCUAGACGACAGCAGCAGCCCAUUGACGCUGCACCGGGGAAACAAACAGGCGUGCAGCCGGGGUUAUUGCCCGAUGUUCGCUUGAUCCUUGCCCCACAAACGGAGACCCGGGCAGGGUGUUCUCCCGAGCGGACUGAGGAGGAUUCAGCCCGGAUGCAACCAGAGCUCCACCAUGAGGCUACGUAUUGCUGGAGCCGUGCUGCUGUCAGCGGCCGCCUACUACGUGUACCUGCCCCUACCGAGCGGCGUGAGUGAGCCUUGGAAGCUGAUGCUGCUGGACGCCCUCUUCCGGAGCUGUGUGCAUGCGGGCGAGGUGGCCGAGGCACUGGGUUUGUGCCAUCAUGUGCACUUCCUCAACGGGGUGGUGACCUGGCUCGAGGUGAUCGAGGCGCGCUCCAGCCCCACUGUGGAAGUGAGCGACGCCCUGCUGGGAGGCGUGUCGGCGCGGGUCUUCCAGGCAAAAGGGGGCCAGAACCUCAAAAGGGGGAUUGUUUACUUCCAUGGUGGGGGAUGGAGCCUGCUCAGCGCACGGAUGCGAUCAUAUGACCUUCUAUGCCGCAAGAUGGCGGAGGACCUGGACGCCGUCGUGGUGUCAGUGGAUUACCGUCUGGCCCCAGAUGCGGUGUUCCCGGAUCAGUACCAUGAUGCGUUAGCGGUGGCGCGAGCCUUCAUUUCCGAUCAGGUGUUGGAGCGCUACCAUUUGGAUCCGGACCGGCUGUGCAUCUCCGGAGACAGUUCUGGAGGAAACCUGGCGGCGGCUGUUGCACAGGAGCUGGGCUCUGAUGACAGUCUCACGGUGAGGUUCAAGGCUCAGGCGCUGAUCUACCCGGUUCUGCAAGCACUGGACUUCCACACGCCAUCCUACCAGCAGAAUCAGGCAGUUCCCAUCCUCUACAGAUCCCGCAUGGCCCAUUUCUGGCUCCUCUAUCUGGGCGCCAACCCCUCCCUGGAGCCUUUGCUGCUCGCUAACAACCACAGCGCCUUGGAUCAGCAGGCCAUCAGCGCCGCCACCCGGUCCAAGCUGGACUGGACCGCUCUCCUACCAAGUGAACAUAAAAAGAGCUUCCAACCGGUCGUCGUGGAAACUGGAUUGACAGGGUUGCUGGACGAGGUGCCGGCGCUCCUCGAUGUGAGGGCAGCACCACUGCUGGCCGAAGAGGCUGUUCUCGGUAAGACGCCCAAAGCGUACGUGUUGACGUGUGAGUACGACGUGCUGAGAGACGACGGCUUGAUGUACGCCAGGCGGCUGCGAGACGCCGGCGUACCCGUCACCAGCGACCACUACGAGGACGGGUUCCACGGCUGCGUGGCAUUCGCUUAUCUGCCUGUCAUGUCGAGCGUCGGGCGCCGCAGCAUGGAGAAUUACAUCCGAUGGCUGGACCAGAACCUGUAGGUGAACCAAAAAACAAAGCUGUUCCAGGGAACGUUCUUUGGACGUGGGAUCCACUUCUGUAUCACAUGGAGAAGAAAUGAGGAUAAUCUCCAUCACAACCUAUGACAUCAUCACUUCCUGAGGAGCAUGAUGACAGAUUGAUCAUCAUUUGCAGACAGAUUGUACCUACAACCAAGGACACGCCCGUUAUAAAACCCUAAAUCAACAAAAACACUGAAGUGAACCCAGCCCAAAAGAUGAUGAUUGACACUUUCUUUUUUAUUUGAUCACUGGAAGCUUCCGGCUUUUUUUUAUUUUAUUUUCCUCCCUCUUUGUCCAAGUUGGCCUUUAACUUGGAAAGUUAAUGUGAAAUGAAACAAUGAGCCAUGGAAAUAUGCUUUGAUGCACUGAACACACACACACGUAUACACACACGCACAUACUCAUAUACAGUACAUUUCCAGUCUUACAUAUACUCACACAAACACAGACCUAUUCAAUAAUGUGUGCUAGAGUUCACAGCUGUGCACACUCUCUUUGGAGAUUGUGCAAUAGUGCACACUGCUUUAUGAGCAUUUACAACUUAUGUAUUGUGGGCAUAUUUAAACGUUUUUUUCUACCUAAGAAUCACCACUGAAGGUACUAAUUAUAAUAAUGGGUUUUAUUCUUAUUUUGCAAUAUUGUCUUUUAAUCCUGAGAGCAUACACAGUGUGAUGCACUUUAAUUUGAAAUUCGUACUCUGUUUGUAUAUGUACGGCGCAUGCGCCGUAAAUACUACAAGUCACAUAAUGCAUUGCAAUAGAGGCAGUCUAAUGGCUAAGCUAUAUUCCGUUGACAGUAGUACAGUCAGUAAUUAGCGUUCAUUUAGUUACUUUUAAUCAAGUUAAGGUUGUAACUUUAUUACACGAUAUAUUAGGAAUUAUUGGCUUCGAAACACAUUUUAAACGCGUCAUUUUCUUGUCUAAAUUGCCUCGCUAGUUCGCUAGCUUAGCGCUGUUCACUCGCUAGCUUCCACGGCUAACACAAGAGUAGGCGGCCUGGGGGGGUCAGAGGUUCGGCUACCAAAAUGGGUGAGUUAACAUUUUGUUUUGCUUUAAGUGUAGCGAAUAAUUGUAUAUAACGUUGACUACCUAAUGUUGAAUUUUUUGUCACUGGAAAAGACAAAAACUGCACCACUAUGAUUCACUCAACAUAACACACACCCAUCAUGCCACCAUUUUGGGAACACCUGCACAGCUCAUAAUGGCGUUUAUUGUUUGUGUUUGUUCUUUAUUAUUUGUUUGAGCCACUUAAAACCUAUGUCGCUUUUGAACCUUACUUGACACUGUUAUACCACAUGCAGCCAGGGUCAAAUGCCACUUGUCAAACACAGGGUUCUAUGGCCCACCAUGAUAUAUGUGUUGUGGUUGUGUGUCCAGUAAUGACUACAAGAUGACAUGAAGACAUAACUAUGAUGUCUCAGCGGGUACCACAAGAACACACUGGCAUGUUUGUCUUUACUACUGGCCUUGUGGCUUUACUGGGGGUCACGAAAGGUUGCCCAGGCAGCUGCAGAUGGUUUUGAGACUGUGGGCCACGUGGGUCUGGUCGUCAGAUCUUUACACCAGUGUCACACGGCCCCCCCUGUCUGAAAUAUGACUGUGGCUUUGAAAAAUGCCGAAUGUCCAGAGUGGCGCUGUAAUGUGCUGAUACUUUAUGACCAGACGGCUCUGAUCAUCUGGAAUGGAGCUCCACAUGUGUGGCACUGACUAGCAGAAAAGUGGAGCUUUGUUCCCAGUGCAGCUUGUGCAAUUUAUAUCCAUUCAAAGUUGAGUGGACCACAGCCUGGAGCUACGCUUUGUUUGGGACUGUUUAGGGAAGCCGAGACCUGUUAUUGUUGUCUCUGUCAAAAUAUGCAAUAAAUGUGAUGAGUGACUGAU